AUGGCGCUCGAUCAUGACGGCAACUGUUGUGGGUCAAUCCCAUACUUCUCCCCAAAUUUGGAUGAUGACGAUGACUAG